UGGUAACGCGUUUCAAAACUGGUUUUUGGAUUGGAACCAAGAAACUGAGAUCGUAGGCAGAGGUCGCGAAUGGUGUUCUUUACUAUUCGGUAGUUGUGUCUUUGCUCCGGUUACGAAUGGCGUCAUCGUCUUCGUCGUCGGCAGCGGUCAGGUCAUGGAGGACUGCGUUUCUGACACUGAGGGACGAAACCCUAACAAGUCCUCGUCACGCCACCGGCGCCUCCUCUUCCUCUUCCAUUCCCCAACUCCUUCAGCAUCUUGUCUUCUCCCAUUCUCAUUCUCUCGUCUCUGCCGCCCCGGAACUUCCGCCUCACGAGGUUGCAUCCGACGUCUUUUUCCUCCUGGAAUUGGUUGCCAAUAGUUGUCUCGGCCCGCAAGAUAUGACCGCUACGUUGUCUCAUACAUCACAAUUGAUUCGUGAUUUAUGUCAUCGUGUUUACUUUGAAAUAAAUUCAUCUUCUUGGACUCUCAUGCUCGACUCUUUUGCAACGAUGCUUGAUUAUCUUCUUGACAAAGCUGCUCCUAUAGCUACCGUUGAUUAUUCCGCUAAUGCUGCUGCAAUUGCACCGAUCAUGGACUGCUUGGAGACCAUAAGACGUCUUAUCAUUGUUCAUCAUAAAAAAGGCUCACCAUCUGACGAUACCCAACUGGUGAAAUUCCUUCUCCGUGUCAUUGAGAGCUCUCAUGCAGAGUUCAUUAAGUCAUCUCGUUCAAUCACAAACCAAAGAUUUGCUGCUGAAAUAGGAAGGAGAGUACCCAGAUACAGCAGUUUAUGGGAGCUCCAGACUCUCGCUUUUGAUAUGCUUGGUGAAACUGUCUCAAGAUAUGGGCCAUCCAUUCCAGUUGAUGUCUGGAGAUCAUUGAUUGAGGUUCUUAGGAAAGUGAUGGAUUUUUUGGCAUCUAAGAGCUUGCUUGUGGAAGACAGUGUCAUGUCCAGGUUUUAUGCAUCUCUCCUGCAUUGUCUGCAUUUGGUUCUCAUGGAUCCUAAAUAUCCCCUUUCUGACCAUGUGGCAAGUUUUGUAGCAGCAUUAAGAAUGUUCUUUACCUAUGGCCUUAAUAGUAGAACACAGCUUACAUAUCCAGAUGUUGGUCAUCAGCAGAAGGAACUCCAUAUAUUGAAUAAGACAAGUUUAGAAGAACCUAAAAGAGUAGAACCUGGUCCGUAUAGGCCUCCACACUUGCGCAAAAAGGAAAUUUCACAUAUGAAGCCGAAGAAAUCUUGGAAUGCUCAAAGUUCAUCAGAUUGUGAAUCUUCUUUGGUUGAUUUCAUGUCAUCGGAUUCAGAUUACAGUGACAGUGACGGAUUUGUUCAAGACACUGAGACUGUUCGGAAAGCUAAGGUCAGAGUAGCUGCCAUUGUUUGCAUUCAGGAUCUCUGUCAAGCUGAUUCCAAAUCAUUUACUACCCAGUGGACACUGCUUUUGCCAACCAGUGAUGUACUACAACCAAGGAAGUUUGAAGCAACUUUGAUGACUUGCUUGAUAUAUGAUCCUCAUUUAAAGGCUCGGAUUGCUUCUGCCUCGGCUCUGGCAGUCAUUUUGGAUGGACCAUCUUCCAUUUUUCUUCAGGUAGCAGAAUACAAAGGAUCUUCUAAGUUUGGAUCUUUUACUGCACUUUCAAGUUCCCUUGGACAGAUACUAAUGCAACUACAUACAGGGAUUCUGCACUUAAUCCAGCGUGAAACUCAUAGUAGAUUGCUGGCCUCCUUAUUCAAGAUUCUCACGCUUUUAGUAGCAUCCACACCAUAUUCGAGAAUGCCUGGAGAGUUGUUGCCAACAGUUAUUACUUCUCUACAAGCAAGGAUCAAUGAAGGGUUUUCUUUCAAAAAUUAUCAGACUGGUCUUCUGGCUGCUGCUGUCAGUUGCUUGACAGCAGCUCUGUCUACUUCACCUUCCUUAGAUGUCAGAGAAAUGCUUUUAAAAGAGACAUCCACAGGUUUCCCCGUGACUGAAAAGAAGUCGGGUGUUCUUUUUACAUUAUUACAGUACUCAGAACAACUAACCAGCCCAAAUAUAUGCUUUGAAGCUCUGCAGGCACUUAAAGCUGUAUCACACAAUUACCCAAAUACUAUGGUUGCAUUUUGGGAACAAGUUUCUACCAUUGUUUAUGGCAUAUUGACGGUAGCAACUCCUGAAGUUCCUUCAAGGCCAUGGAGGGGACACACUGGAGACCCCAUUGGGUUUAUUGGGGAAAAAAUCAUUACAGCUGCUGUCAAGCUUUUGGAUGAAUGUCUUCGUGCAUUAUCUGGAUUUAAAGGAACUGAAGAUCUCUCAGACGAUAAACUUACCCCAUUUACUUCUGACUGCAUAAGGAUGAAGAAGGUUUCAUCAGCCCCAUCUUACGAACUAGAUAGCACAGAACUUAACAACGACGAACCCAAAGCAUGUCACUCGGGAAUUGAGCAGUGGUCUGAGGCAAUUGAGAAGCAUAUGCCUUUAAUUUUGCGGCAUACUUCUGCAAUGGUGAGAGGUGCAUCAGUUACAUGUUUUGCCGGUAUAACUUCCUAUGUGUUCUUCUCUCUUGUGAAGGAAAAACAAGAUUUCAUUCUCUCUUCGUUAAUUAAUGCUUCUAUACGCGAUGAGGUGCCAUCAGUUAGGUCUGCUGCCUGUCGAGCCAUUGGUGUCAUCGCAUGUUUUCCUCAAGUUUCCCGGAGUGCAGAGAUCCGUGACAAGUUUAUCCGAGCUGUUGAGAUUAAUACUCGCGAUCCCUUAGUCUCGGUAAGGAUAACAGCCUCUUGGGCUUUGGCCAACAUAUGUGAUUCAAUCCAUUCAUCUAUUGAUGAUCUUCCAUCACAGCAGUCUAAAGACUCAAAUGUGGACUCUCCAUCAAUUGCAUCAUUAACUGAGUGUGCUUUGCGUCUAACAAAGGAUGGAGACAAGAUAAAAUCAAAUGCUGUGAGGGCUCUUGGGAAUCUCUCAAGAUUUGUUAACUAUACAUGCUUAUCUGGUUCUCAUGAUAAGCCAAUGGACCAUAUGCGGUUAUCUAUAAAUACUAACAGUAAUGACGAGUCCACAUCAAGCAAUGAUAUGAAAGGCAGCCAUGGAAAUGCAUCAAAUUCAUUUCGUCCAGGUUCUAUGGGAGAUUUAUGCUGGCUUGAUAGAAUGGUCCAAGCUUUUAUCUCUUGUGUCACAACUGGGAAUGUUAAGGUUCAGUGGAAUGUUUGUCAUGCAUUGAGCAACCUAUUUCUAAAUGAGACAUUAAGAUUGCAAGACAUGGAUUGGGCUCCAUCUGUUUUUAGUAUUCUUCUACUCUUAUUGCGUGAUUCUUCCAACUUUAAGAUCAGGAUACAAGCUGCUGCAGCUUUGGCUGUGCCGGCAUCGAUACAUGAUUAUGGGAAAUCUUUCCCAGAUGUCAUCCAAGGUGUGGAGCAUAUAAUAGAGAAUCUAGGUUCAGACCAUAUUUCAGCACCAUCAAGUUUCAAAUAUAGGGUUGUGCUUGAGAAGCAGUUGACCUCGACCAUGUUGCAUGUUCUUACCCUUGCUUCAAGCACUGAUCAUGAACCUCUGAAAGAUUUUCUUGUGAAAAAAGCUCCAUUUCUUGAGGAGUGGUUGAAGACACUAUGCUCAUCAUUAGGGGAGACAAGUACCCAGUCUGACGUUGAAGACAAGUCUCUUGGGGACCAAAAAAAAGAGAUGAUAUCCAAAGCAAUACGAUCUCUUAUUGAAGUAUACAAAGACAGGAAGCAUCGUUCAACUGUCCAGAAACUAGAGGAAUUGGACAAAAGCAUAUGCAUUGAAGGGUUAGGAGGGGUUGUGUCCAGGCAUCAGUUAGGUAUUAUCGGCCACAAGCAGCCUCAAAGACAACGUCGAUAGAAUUUUGGUGCCGGAUUCGCUUACGCAGCUCGGGUACAAAUUUUGAUGGGAAUUGAAUCCGAGUAAAUGGUAGGAGUCUUGCUGUUUCUAAAUUAUCAGGAGACAACUAAUUUGAUCCUCUUAUGGUGUGCUCGCAAAACACAAAACCUCCCUAUAUUUUCAAUUUCACUCGUGGUCAUUAUUCAAAGUAAA